GAGAAGGGGGCCUUUAAUAGGCUCGCCCAGAGCCUAGUUUGCUGCACCGCGAGCAGCUGUGGUUCGCGAAGCAACCGGCCACCUCGCGCCACUUCUCCAGGGCAAAUUUUCGCCUGUGCACUUGACAGCGAUCCGUACUAAAGCUCCUAGCGCGCGUUUUGCUUGGGAGGAACAGGUAGGAGGCGCGGGCUUCCCUGUGCACGCUCGCUGCUCUGGGAGGAGUCUCCCCGACUUGGUUGGCUGUCCUUUCUGGGAACUGCCCAUUGUCCAGGGCGUUGGUGUUUGGGCUACAAGGGGACAGCGCUUGCCCUGGGGAGCCGGGCUAGGUCCCAUCCCAGAGCGCGGCUGUGCGCGGCCGGGGCGCCAUGCUUGUACUGGCCAUCUCAGUCCUGGCUCUCGCCUGGCGACCUGCGGGCAGCUCCGAGUCAGAGUGGGAGGUGGUCGUUCCAAUCCGACGGGACCCGGACAUCAAUGGCCGCCACUACUACAGGAGGGGUACGGAGGACUCCGGGGAUCAGGGUCUCAUUUUUCAGAUCACAGCUUUUCAGCAGGACUUUUACCUACACCUGACACCGGAUGUCCAGUUCCUGGCUCCCGCCUUUGCUACGGAGUAUCUAGGUGUUCCCCUCCAGAGGCUCACUGGCAGCUCCCUAGACCUGCGACGCUGCUUUUAUUCCGGGUAUGUGAACGCGGAGCCAGACUCCUUUGCUGCUGUGAGCCUGUGCGGGGGUCUCCGCGGAGCAUUCGGCUACCGAGGCGCGGAGUAUGUGAUUAGCCCUCUGCCCAACGCCAGCGCGCCAGCGGCGCAGCGUCACGGCCAGGGCGCACACCUUCUCCAGCGCCGGAGUGCUCCCGUAGGGCCUUCCGGAGACCCCACCUCUCGCUGCGGGGUGGCCUCGGGCUGGAACCCCGCCAUCCUGAGGGCCCUGGACCCCUAUAAGCCACGAAGGACGGGCGUAGGGGACAACCACAGCCGGCGCAGGUCUGGGCGCGCCAAGCGCUUCGUGUCCAUACCACGGUACGUGGAGACACUGGUGGUGGCAGACGAGUCAAUGGUCAAGUUUCAUGGCGCUGACUUGGAACAUUAUCUGCUGACGCUGCUGGCCACGGCGGCGCGACUCUACCGCCACCCCAGCAUCCUCAACCCCAUCAACAUCGUUGUGGUCAAGGUGUUACUUCUAGGAGACCGUGACACCGGGCCCAAGGUCACAGGGAACGCCGCCCUGACUCUGCGCAACUUCUGUGCCUGGCAGAAAAAGCUGAACAAAGUGAGCGACAAACACCCUGAGUACUGGGACACAGCCAUCCUCUUCACCAGACAGGACCUAUGCGGGGCUACCACCUGUGACACCUUGGGCAUGGCAGAUGUGGGCACCAUGUGUGAUCCCAAGAGAAGCUGCUCUGUCAUCGAGGAUGAUGGGCUUCCGUCAGCCUUCACCACCGCCCAUGAGCUGGGCCAUGUGUUCAACAUGCCUCAUGACAACGUGAAGGUGUGUGAGGAGGUGUUUGGGAAGCUCAGGGCCAACCACAUGAUGUCUCCGACCCUCAUCCAGAUUGACCGUGCCAACCCCUGGUCAGCCUGUAGCGCUGCCAUCAUCACUGACUUCCUGGACAGCGGGCAUGGUGACUGCCUCCUGGACCAGCCCAGCAAGCCCAUCUCCUUACCUGAAGACCUGCCGGGCACAAGCUACAGUUUGAGCCAGCAGUGCGAGCUGGCCUUUGGGGUGGGCUCUAAGCCCUGCCCAUAUAUGCAGUACUGUACAAAGCUGUGGUGCACUGGCAAGGCCAAGGGGCAGAUGGUGUGCCAGACCCGCCACUUCCCCUGGGCAGAUGGCACCAGCUGUGGUGAGGGCAAGUUCUGCCUCAAGGGAGCCUGCGUGGAGAGACACAACCCAAACAAGUACCAGGUGGACGGCUCGUGGGCCAAGUGGGAGCCUUACGGCCCCUGCUCUCGCACCUGCGGUGGGGGCGUGCAGCUGGCCCGGAGGCAGUGCAGCAACCCCACCCCUGCCAACGGUGGAAAGUACUGCGAGGGAGUGAGAGUGAAAUACAGAUCUUGCAACCUGGAGCCCUGCCCUACCUCAGCCUCUGGCAAGAGCUUCCGGGAGGAGCAAUGUGAGGCUUUCAAUGGCUACAACCACAGCACCAACCGGCUCACCUUAGCUGUGGCAUGGGUACCCAAGUACUCGGGCGUGUCGCCACGUGACAAAUGCAAGCUCAUCUGCCGAGCCAACGGCACUGGCUACUUCUACGUGUUAGCACCUAAGGUGGUGGAUGGUACGCUGUGUACUCCUGACUCUACCUCGGUCUGCGUCCAAGGCAAGUGCAUCAAGGCUGGCUGCGACGGGAACCUGGGCUCCAAGAAGAAAUUUGACAAAUGCGGGGUGUGCGGUGGAGACAAUAAGAGCUGCAAGAGGGUGACAGGAAUCUUCACCAAGCCUAUGCAUGGCUACAAUUUCGUAGUAGCCAUCCCGGCAGGCGCCUCCAGCAUUGACAUCCGACAGCGUGGCUACAAGGGGCUCAUUGGGGAUGACAACUACCUGGCCCUGAAGAACAGCCAAGGGAAAUACCUACUCAACGGGCACUUUGUGGUGUCGGCUGUAGAGCGGGAUCUGGUGGUAAAGGGCAGCGUGCUACGAUACAGUGGUACUGGCACUGCAGUGGAGAGCCUGCAGGCUUCUCGACCCAUCCAGGAGCCACUGACCGUAGAGGUCCUGUCUGUGGGGAAGAUGACGCCACCCCGUGUGCGCUACUCCUUCUAUCUGCCCAAAGAGCCUCGGGAGGACAAGUCCUCUCCCCUCAAGGACCCGCGGGGUGCCCCAGUGCUGCGCAACAGUGUUCUCAGUCUUUCCAACCAAGUAGAGCAGCCAGACAGCAGGCCUCCUGCACGCUGGGUGGCAGGCAGCUGGGGGCCUUGCUCCGUGAGCUGUGGCAGUGGCUUGCAGAAGCGAGCAGUGGACUGCCGGGGCUCCCCGGAGCAGCCGGGAACUUCUGCUUGUGAUGUAGCCCAUCGGCCAGUGGAGAAGCGAGCCUGUGGGGAGCCCUGUCCAACCUGGGAGCUCGGCAACUGGUCGCCGUGUUCUAAGAGCUGUGGCCGUGGAUUUAAGAGGCGUCCACUCAAGUGUGUGGGCCACAGAGGCAGGCUGCUGGCUCGGGACCAGUGUGACCUACGGCGCAAGCCCCAAGAAUUGGACUUCUGUGUCUUGAGACCCUGCUGAGGGGGUACUGUCUCUUCCACCCUAUUAUUCUCCACCCGCUGUUGUGCUGGUGCCGCGGUCAGCUGGAGCAGAGGACAGCGGCCAGGGGCCCAUGUCCCAGUGUCAUCCACAUCCAGAAAAAGGACCAUAGGUCUGGGCGAGAGGUUCCUUCCUCCUUGGACUGGGCAGGGGGAAGCUAACUAAUGCACAGUCUACCUCAUGCCCUGCUCCUCGGGCCCAGUUGUGGGGAGAGGCUUCAAAGAUGGGUGCUGGGCAGACGGUGCUGAAGCUCAGCUUCCGAGGAACCUGGAAGUUGGGUGCCUUCCAGGCAGAACUUCAGGGACCUUGGCCCCAUAACGGAGGCCACAGGCUGCUGGAAGAGCCAUGGCCUGCCGUUUGGUGCCCUCAGGCGAUCCCUGGAGCUCCGAGCUGUCCCUGAACAAGGCGGGGUUCCCACGGUGCUUUCAGCUUUCUUUCCUUUUGACUGACGUGGACCUAAGAGUAAGAUUGUUCAGGGGUUACAGGAAGCUAAAGGCCCAAUGAGAUGACUGAGUUUAUUAGGGUGCAAACACGCAAUGAGCUUGGGUUAAUUUAGGUGCAAUUUCCCUGUUUGUGAAGAAGUGGAUACGUACAGGGAGUUCCAUGUUCCCGCUUUUCUUCCAUCCUGGCCUUCCUUGAAAAACCAGCACCUUGUAACCUGGAUGGCCAGGGCAUUAGACCAGUUGCAGAAGCGCAGAUGUGGCCCCUGGUACUUUGAAGGCAGCUGCAGGGACUUCUUCUUGGUCAAGAGAGAGAAAGAGA